GCGGCCCCGAGGCUGGCGCACCGGAGCUGCCAAGUCAAACCCGCAAGGCCUCGGGGCCUGGCGAGCUGGACGGGCGUUGCCCAGGUGUAAAGCGGGGGGCAGGCAGAGCCGUCAGGUAUCUGAUCGGGUAUCUGUCUGCGGAUCGGCCUGGCAUGGUCUGGGGUCCAGGAGUGACGCUUGGCUCUUGUACAGCACUCUCCAGCCACUGAGCUCAAAGGGCAGAUUGCAAGAAGACCCUCCUGUGGGUGUCAGUGGUGCACCAUCUGAGAAUAACAUUAUGCAAUGGAAUGCAGUUAUAUUUGGGCCAGAAGGUACCCCUUUUGAGGAUGGUACUUUUAAGCUAAUAAUAGAAUUUUCAGAAGAAUACCCAAAUAAGCCUCCAACUGUUAGAUUUUUAUCAAAAAUGUUUCAUCCGAAUGUUUAUGCGGAUGGUAGCAUAUGUUUAGACAUCCUUCAGAAUCGCUGGAGUCCAACGUAUGAUGUUUCAUCUAUUUUAACUUCAAUUCAGUCUCUGCUUGAUGAACCUAAUCCAAACAGUCCUGCAAACAGUCAGGCAGCACAACUUUAUCAGGAAAACAAACGUGAAUAUGAGAAAAGAGUUUCAGCUAUUGUUGAGCAAAGCUGGAAUGAUUCAUAAUAGAUGACUACUUUGUUAAUCUUCCUCUUCAUAAUCAUUGUGUACAAUUUAACACUCAAUAGAAUGGCUACCAGAAAUUUUAAGUGCCACAAGUUCUAAGGAUUUGCAUACAAACAUGUUUGCAAAAAAAUUAAGCCCUUCAGUUUAGAAACUUUAAAAGCUUGUGUAUCUUGAUUAAUGUACCUUUUAUUGCAUGGUAUGAACUAAGUUAUUGCUACAUAAAUUUGUAAUAUAUCCUGUUUGUAUUUUUUUUCCAAGUGUAUAAUGUUGAUGUGGAGUUUUCAUGAAAGAAUAUACACAUUUUGUAAAUCUGUACUUUUUCAAAUAUUGAAUGCCUUAUUUUUGAAUUCUUUAGAUUUUUAAAUUGGAGAAAAGCACUUAAAGUUUUUAUAUAUAAAUAUUACAUGUAAAACUGUUAAAUACAUACUCAGUGCAAGACAUUCUUUUGUUAAUUUCUUUUGUAUCUCUUUCAAAGGGCUUAGUUUUAGUGUUGAAUCUUUUUCUCUUGAUAAAUGCUGAUAUUAUGCACUUUACAAAUAUGAGGAAAACUGCUGUGAUGUGUAACUAUUAAUAGUCUUCAGUGGAGAUAUGUCUACCUACACUGGAGCUUAAUUUGGUCCUGUAAGUCUUCUUGCUCAAAUGUGGUAGGGAAGUAUCUGCCCCAUUUUACAGAUGGGGAAACUGAGGCACAGAUAAGUGACUCAUCUAAAGUCACACUGCAAGUCAGUGGCACAGCUGCAACCAGAGCCCAUAUCAUCUGUCUCUGUCCUGUGUUUUGCCCUGUAGGUCAUCCUUUUUCUCACUAAUACAAGCUUUAUUAGUAUCACUGUUGCAUACAUGUAUAAGAUGCUUAAUAGCUUCUCACAUGCAGGGAAAGUAUUAAUGACUUAACAAGUCUUUCACAUCUUCUGUUAACACACAUGAAAUAGGUUUACUAUAACUUGAUCUCUGAUCAUCCAGAAUUGCUUAAUUCCUAAAUAAGAGGUCUUAUGUAUUACUGUACAAAUUGAUACAUAAUAGGAUAAUAUUAUUACUAUAUUUACUUUUCCUUAAAUUGUGAGUAUGAGAUUUUCUGAAUUUUAUCUAAUUGAAAAGCAUUACUUAAAUCUAUCAUGUAUCACAUACUGUUACUGAGAUGUGUUUUUAAUGUUUAUUUUCUAAUUGUAGCCAAACAGUUGGCUCUCUUACGCAUUCCACCUAGAAAACAAAUUCCUGCAAGACACUCUGUUUUCAGAGAACUGCAUUUUAAAUGUGACUGUAAAAGUGAUAUUGUCUAGUUCCGUGGCUAUUUCUCAGAGACUCAAGAUCAAAUUUGUUUAGUCUACAAUUAAAGUCAGGUGAGGUUUUUCUAACUGCCACUUUAAUAACUUCUCCAUGCAAUUGGAAAGUUAGGUUGGGUCCCUGUAAUAUCGCACCAUCAGUAAUAAAGAUUUUACAGGCUCUAUUUUGUCCCCAGCGAUACACAUGCAGUCUCUUAAACUUCCGAUUCCAUCCUCCAUUACCUGUGUACAACCAUGCAAUCUUUACAGGGGUUGUACAAGUAUAAGGCAUGACAGAAACUGCAUUUCUGUCUUAGUUAACAAUUUUGCUGAAGAUGUACAAGCCAGCACAAACUUUUUAUCAUUAAACUAAGAGCUUGUCUACACAGGGAAGUAAGUGCAAAGUAAUCUAGGGUGUGAAUUUAGAGAACACUAGCUAUUGCCUACCAGCUACCUGUGUGGACACUUAUUGUGCAUUGAAUGCCUACAGAUAAUUUAGCUUAAUCAACUUCCAAAGUGCAGUAAGCUACUGUGCACAAAGACAUUUUUAGUGUGCAGUAAAAGUAUCUACUGGGGCAGUUAGUGCAGAAUAGUUAGUGUGCACCAGCUGCUAUGGCCUAUUUUUUUCCCAUGUAGACAAGCCCUUGGCAUACAUUGAAAAUACACAGGAUACCAACUCAACAAAGGUGCUGAUAUUAAUCUCUUUGCCAAACUGCAUUUUAAUGACUAAUUUUAGGAUGUUGUGAGAAUGAGUAAUAAAAAGAGAGCAAUGUAAAUAUA